CGAGCGCGAGCGCGAGCGACCGCUCGAAGAAGGAAACGAAGGUCAGCAAAUGGAGACCGCCAUCUCCGCCUUCUGCCAAGCCCUCGCCGCCUUCUGCCACCACGUCGACACCGCCUCCAAAUCCCUCUCCGACUCCAUCCAAAGGCGACCGAUUCCCCUCGAUUCGGCGGCCUCCGCUUUCUUACAGUCCCUCGACCGCCGGAUCUCCUGCGCCGGCGCCGACCUCGAACUCCUCGAGUCCAUGGCCUUCGGGACCGUCUCCUUCGAGGAGCUCCUAGGCCACUGCAACGAGGUCUUCAAGAACCAUCAGAGUUGCAUCGCGGAUCUCGAAGAUCGGAUGCAGAGCUUCGGCUACGUCCCCGGGGUGGAGUUGGACGAUGAGGUUGAUGAGGAGAUUGGGGACGAUCCAAAAUUCGCGAGUCCGGUCAAUGGUCAUCUUAAACUUCCUGUCGAUUUUGGUUCGGUUUCUGUUGCCCGGUCAAGCAGGAAGAGGCUAGAGGAGGAUUCUUUAUUUGAGGAUUCAAUCUCCUUACAAAACCUUGGUCUUUCAGAUGCUUGCUUAGCCACUUUAGCCUCAGAAGGUGAUGGUUGUCUUUCUAUCACUGAAAAUUUUUCAGGAGGAACAGUGAGUUCUUAUGAUGGAAUAAUGUCUGGAAAGGUAAUUGCAGCUGGAUUUCAAGAACCUGAUUUAAAUGCUUCAGAUGCAUUCAGUGAUGAAUCUUCAGUAGCUAGAAAUGCUGGCAAAAAGGUAACGAAGGAUGACUAUGAUGGCCUUCCUGCCUUUAUGAAAAGUCUGGUAUCAUGGGAGGAGUUACAGGAAGCUAUUGUCAAGAUAAACUCUUUCCUCUCCGGAAGGGACAGGAAGAAGCAAAGUGAUGCAUUCAACCAAGACGAUCUAGAAAUAAUGGGGCUUGGGCGGAAAGGACGAUCAUACUUGUUGCUACUCCUUAGGAUGAAUCAGCUAGUUGCGGAGACAACUGAGGGAUCCAUAUAUUAUAGAGUGCCUGCUGGCUGCUGCUAGUAGGUUUGUUAUACAUGUUAAUGUCGAUGAGGGACAAAAUUUGUCGAAGCAUUACUUCCGCUGUUUGCUGAAGUUUUCGCUUGCAGUGGAUUACGUCUUGCUCUUUGUUUGGGUUCCUCGUGAGCUGUGGACAAUUGAUUUGGU